AUGCGCGCCUCUGGUCGGGGCGCUCGUGGCCGCGGCGCCGGCCGUGGCAGUGCCAACGGUCACGCCGCUGCACGGCAGCUCAACGCGGAGCUUGCUCGUGGCGACGCUUCCGCCAUCCGCUCUCUCGUCCGCUCGCGGUGUGCAGAGUUCAACUCGGUCAACUGCGCGACCGCGCUGCACCGGCUCGCCAAGGCUGCGCCGGCUAGCGCUCGGCUCGGCGGCAGUGACGCGCACUGGAAGCGCUCGUGGGCGGCCGCGGCCAAGGCUGCGGGCGGGGAGCCAUCAUCGGCCGAGGCGGCUGAGGCGGCCGAGGCGGCGGCUCUCCUGCGAGAGCGGACGGCGGCGGUGCUCGCGUCGAGCGAGGAGGUUAGCGCGCGCUCGCUGACCAGCAUAGCGUGGGCUGUCGGCCGACUCAGCGGCGGCGCCGGCAAAGACGGCGGUGGGUCGGCCGCCACGCUGUCGCCAUUGCUCGACGCGAUCGCAGCUCGGGCGCGGGCGCUGCUGGCGUCGGGCGCGCUCGACGCGUACGGCGUGGCCAACGUCGCGUGGGCGAUCGCGAGCCUGCACGCCGCGGCCGCGGCCGCGUCCUCGGAGACGGCGCCGCACCCCGCGUUGCUCGACGAGCUCGCGACCUUCGCCGCCGCCACGCCAGACGCCUUCAACGCACAGGAGGCGACCAACCUGCUCUGGGCGUUCGCGACGCUCGGCCGUCGGCACGGGCCGCUCUUCGAGGCGCUCUCCGCCUCGGCGGCGCGCCGCAUGGGCGACUACUCCACGCCGCAGGGACGGUCCCAUCGGCUCGGCGACUUCACGCCGCAGGGCCUGUCUCAGACGCUGUGGGCGUGCGCCAAGUGCGGCGUGCGCAAGAACGAGCUUCUGCUCGCUGCCGCCUCGGCCGCCGCGCCGCAGCUGUCGAGGCACGGGCCACUGCUGCGCGCCGUCUGUGCCGAGGCGGUCUCACGGCCCGCGGACUUCGACGCCGCCUCCGCCUCGCAGCUGCUCUGGGCCCCCUCGCCGGCCCUCUCGCGGCUGCGCGACGGCGUCUCGCCACUGGCGGUGCGGGCGAUGGCGGCGCGGCUGCGCGAGGCGCCCACUCUGACCGCGAACAAGCUCGGCAUCGCCGCGUGGGCGCUCGCCCGCCCCGCGGUGCUCCUGCAGGUGCCCUCCUCUGUCGCGGCGCGAUGGGAGGCGGCGUUGCGCGCGCGUGCGGUGCAGGCGCGCGGCGUGGCGGUCGCGUCGGAGCGGUCCACGCGGCUAAAUGGCGCGCCCGCCGCGCUGCUGCUUCGCGCUCCGUACGCGGGGUGCGUGGCGCGGUGGCCGUGGUACGCGGCGGGUGAUGCGGCGGCGAUGCUACUGCACGCCGUCGCGUCGGUGCUGCCUCGAGGCGCGCCGCUUUGGGUGGCGGGCAACGCGGACGAGGGCGCCGAGGGCGCGGCGGGAGCACUCGCGCAGAGCGUCGGCCCGGCCACCUUGCUGUCUUCCAAGGACGGGGCGGUGGAGGGGCGGGCGUGGCGCGUCUUCCCGGGCCUCUUCGCUGGCGGCGGGCUCGACAUCAUGACGAGCGCGAUGCUGGCCGCGCUGCCGCCGCUCCCGCGGAGGCGUGCGCGCGUGCUGGACGCAUGCUGCGGCUCGGGCGUGAUCGGCGCUGCGCUCCUGCAGCGCGACUCGUCCCUCCGCCUGCACUUGCUCGACGCCGACGCGGUCGCGGUCGCCGCGGCGGCGGAGAACGUGCCGCAGGCGCGCCGCCUCCUCCUCUGCUCCGGCUGGCCCGACGAGGCGGCCGCGUUCCCGCGCCGCGCCGCCGCUGGCCGCAGGCCUGCCCGGUACGAUUGGAUCGUCUCGAACCCUCCGGAGCAGGUGCUCGUGGGGCGGCUGAUCACCCGAGCAGUAGCCAUCGAUCACGACUGA